CAUAUUGGAUGCCAGCUGCCGUAAAACUCCAACGAAGAAGAAGAACCCUGCAUCCCAGUACUUCCGGCUACAUGACCAACAGGUUGGACUCCUGCUGGACUCGGACUGUGCUGUGACCAUGAACAGACGUCUGCUUCUGGUGUCCAACUCCACGCUGUAUGGAGGAGGAUAUCUCGAGCACUGUCAGCAGAACAUCUCUGACUUUUUUGGAAAACAGGUGACGAGGAUCCUGUUCAUCCCGUACGCUCUACACGACCGCGACGCAUACACCAAGACGGCCAGAGACAAACUGAACAGUCUGGGUUAUGAAGUAGACAGUGUUCAUGAGGCUGCAGACCCUGUCGAGGCCGUGCGUAAAGCCGAGGGCAUAUUCAUUGGUGGAGGAAACACGUUCCGUCUGCUCAAAGCCCUCUAUGAUGAUAACCUGGUGACUGAAAUUAAAAAAAGAGUGCUUCAGGAUGGAAUUCCGUACAUGGGUUCGAGUGCCGGCUCUAACGUGGCCACCAUUAGCAUUAACACCACUAACGACAUGCCCAUCGUUUACCCUCCCAGCUUCUCUGCUAUUGGCCUCGUCCCAUUCAACAUCAACCCACACUACCUGGACACCGACUCAAAGAGCAGGCACAUGGGGGAAACACGUGAGCAGAGAAUCACUCAGUAUCACGAGGAGCUGAACACACCAUGUGUGCUGGGUCUGAGAGAAGGCUCCAUGCUGCUGGUGGAAGGAAAUACAGCCACGUUACUCGGCACCACCAACGCUCGACUCUUCCAGAGCUGCAGCGGAUGUGAGUUGCGAGGAUGCCCAGAGGAUGCAGAGAGGAUACAGCAGACGUUUAACGGAUGAUAACGGACAUAGAACGUUUGUUGCUCGUAUAUGUCGCGGAUUUACAUCGUACACGGCGGAAAGUUCAUCCGUUCUAAAAGUUUUGUGCAGCUCAAAUGAAAUCACAGUGGACGGAUGCUCGAUGGAUAGAGCGUAUGAAGCACGUAUGCAAUGAGUACACAACGGAUGCAUAGCGUUUUCCAACGGAUGGCAAAGAUUUUUUUACGUUUUACAUCCUCUUUGCAUCCGUAAGUGCAGUGGGACCGGGCCUUUAGAUUUUUAUUUUUUGCAGUGUAAAAGCACAACUUUAUUCAUCACACACUUGUGAAAUUCCUCUCUGCAUUUAACCCAUCUGAAGCAGUGAACACACACAUGCGAGCAAUGAGCACACACACACACAGCAGUGGGCAGCCAUGCUAACAGCGCCCGGGGAGCAGUUGGGAGUUCGGUGCCUCGCUCAAGGCCGUCCCAUAUUAACCUAACCUGCAUGUCUGUGGGGGAAACUGGAGCACACCCAUGCAAACUCCAUGCAGAAAGGCUCCCGCUGGCCGCGAACCCAGAACCAUCUUGCUGUGAGGCGACCAUGCUAACCACUUACACCACCGUGCCAUACUUAUUGAUCAGUAUUCUUAAAUCAGGGUUGGUCAUAUUUCCCGGUCAACGACUUAUUUCCCAGACGGCGUCCGAUAAAUAAUCUCCGUAAAAAUAAUUAUCAUGGGGAUGUCGUGGCUCAGAUGGCUGGGGCACCAUACCGUGGGUCCGGGGACCCGGGUUCGGUUCCGACCUGGGGUCGUUUCCCGGUCCCUCCCCGUCUCUCUUUCCUGCUCGUUUCCUGUCUCUCUACACUGUCCUAUCUAUUGAAAAAAAGAAAAAAAAAAGGUAAAAAAUAAAUAAAUAAAUAAUCAUAGUAAAAGAGCUAUUCACAGGGGAACACAGUUUAAGCUACACUGAAUGUCGCCCUCUGGUGGUUUAGCGGUGAAAAACCUCUAAACACUGGAAUAUAUUGGCUGUUUCGUUGUUAAGUGCGAGUCCUUAGUGUCACAUUUUAGUCAUUUAAACACCACCUUAACCUUUUAUAAAUACUAAUCAAUGCUUCAGUAUAUCCAUAAAAUGAACACUAAGAUUCAUCGUCAUGAGCAAAAACUGCUUUCAUAAAUUUAGCGUAAAGACUGUGUUUGUUUAUUUGUUUGUUU